CAGUUGGAUGCUCAUGGUGAUCGUGAUCAAAGAGCAGACAAAAGGAUCCGCAGGUAGUGAGGCCGAUGGGGCCUUCUGUGGUAUGCGACGUGCAGUGGCCUCUCGCAAGUGGUGCACUCGGUUGGCACUCUCCUGCAAGCCUCGGUGUAGCACAAGGAACAAAGAUUCCCUGGCUUUGUCCUGCUUUUCAUCAGGCAAACUGUUCCAGAAGUUGCAAAUCCACCCCGUGUCAACUUUCCACAUUGAAGCAACAAAGUGAAAGGAAACAGAUAAGCCAGUUGCCUACAUUUGCUGGCCGCCAACCUCUGAACCGGUCGCAAAGGCGCCAUAAUUUCUGUGCUUGUAGUUGUUCAGAGACCAGUGAGCAUGUUGGAUCCAAUCCUGAAACCCUCCCAGCUCAGAAAGAACCUUCCUUAGGCGCCACCUCAACUAUCAGAAUGACCAAGCAGAUGGCAAUUGCAAGUGGAAGCUCGGGGGGUUUGCUUCAGAAGAAUGGCCAAACAAAGGAAAUUCCGCCAGCUCUGAAGCAAGUACUUGAGUUUCCCUUGCCAACAUUUGAGGACGUCAGCCUGGCUAUGUACCGAACAAGAAAUCGUAUCCGCAACACCGAGUGCACCCUCUCUGAUGCUCUCUCUGAAUUGACCGGAUGCGAGCUGUAUUUGAAGAAGGAGUACAAGCAGCGAACAGGCAGUUUCAAGGAGCGUGGGGCCAGGAACGCCCUCCUCCUUCUGAGCGCAGAGCAGCGUGAGCGGGGGGUGGUAGCGGCAUCGGCCGGCAACCAUGCUCUGGGUCUAGCGUGGCACGGUCGGGACAUUGGCAUCCCUGUGACGGUGGUCAUGCCGGCAAGCGCCCCGUUGACAAAGGUGACGAAAUGCAAGGCCCUGGGUGCUCGAGUCAUCCAACACGGUGACGACAUCGGCGAGGCCAAGGCAUAUGCAGAUGAAGUGUACGUAAAGGGCGAGGGCCUCCGAUAUGUCAACGGCUUCGACCACCCUCACAUCAUCGCAGGGCAGGGCACGAUUGGGCUGGAGAUGCUGGAGCAGGUCCCCGACAUGGACGCGGUAAUUGUGCCCGUCGGCGGAGCAGGCCUGAUCGCGGGCAUUGCAUUGGCCAUCAAGACCCUCCAGCCGAACGUGCUCGUGAUCGGCGCGGAGCCCAAGCUGUGCGCGAGCUUCUGCGCGGCGCUGGCCGCGGGACACCCCGUCCGGGUCGACAUGCAGAGCCCCACGCUGGCAGACGGCCUCGCCGUGCCCUGCGUUGGCCCGCACUCCUUUGCAGUGGCCAGAACAUUGGUGGACGGAAUGGUGCAAGUGAGCGAGCGGGACAUCGGCCUCUCCGUGCUGCGCCUCGUCGAGCACGAAAAGCUGGUGCAGGAGGGCGCCGGCGCGGCGGGUCUGGCCGCCCUGCUGUCGGGCCAGCUGCCGGAGCUGCGCGGCAAGAAGGUGGUCAUCCCGCUGUGCGGUGGCAACAUCGACACCACCGUCCUGGGCCGCGUCAUCGAGCGGGGCCUCGCCGCGGACGGCCGCCUCGUGCGCUUCAGUGCGAUCGUGAGCGACCGACCGGGAGGUAUUGCGGGGCUCUGCAAGAUCGUGGCGGAGGAAGGCGCCAGCAUCAAAGACAUCGUGCACGAGCGCGCCUGGCUGGUAGAUGCGGUCGCCCACGUCCAGGUUUUCAUGGUAGUCGAAACGACAGGACGAGAUCACGUUGAAAGACUUAGGGACAGGUUAGAGCAGGAAAUGAACUUCAAAGGACCAAUCACAUCGUGGGGUCAAGUUUCGCUAUAAGCUACCGAGGUGGAUUCGAGUGUCUUCAGAAGGCCGGUCUGACAGGUACAAACAGCACAGGUACAUCAAGGUCUGAUUUUGAGGAAGUAAAAGGUAUAGGAGAAGUGAUAAGGUUGCCUGCCAUUACUUUGAGAAGGUUAUCCGCGACGACAGGUAGAAUAGCAAAUUGGCAUCGGGUAUUCGCAUUAGCUUUCAAGGUGUUUAGAACAGGACGGAACUGUCCGUGCCGCGGGUAACAGCAGUAAGCCUUGCAACAUAAAGUAGGUGGAGGACGAUUCCCCAAUGACAUACGUCUACGGUGUAUGUGUUGUGCACCAUCGUUACCAGUGUAAGUUGAGUCAAUUAGAGAGUCGAGCUAAAACUACCGAAUUUGUAGAGGUUGCGCUCAACAGGGGUGGCUUGUUCUCAACAGCUUCACUUGCGGCGUGGCUUGUCCCGAAGGACGGUCGCGAGAACAUCGACUAAAUUCACACGCAGCAGAG